CCUUAUUGAGAGUGAAACUAUGUGCCUAUGCAUUGAACUAAGAAAAGGUCAAAAAUCAUACUCCAAAUUAAGUACCAGACUUCUAUUCAAAGCGAAGGACUUUAUCAAGCACGCAAUAACUCUCUCGAUUAUCCCUUUUCUCUAUUACUACACUUUCUUCGAUCUCUACUUCUCACCAAACAACAGUCAAAGAAUCGUUUUACAAUCUUCUAAUUCAGCAGUUUUAAGCUCCAGAAAGAGCAACAAUGGCGUAUGUUGAUCACGCAUUCUCCAUUUCCGAUGAAGAUAUGAUGAUGGACAACUCUUAUGCCGUCAGCAAUAAACCCCCUAUUAAAGAGAUCGCUCUUGCAUUGUCUCUCCUUGUUUUUGGUGUUGUCGGCAUCGUUCUUGGUAUUUUCAUGGCCGCCAAUCAUGUCGGUGGUGAUCGAGCUCAUGGCCUAUUCUUUGCAAUACUAGGGGGGAUUUUGUUCUUACCAGGUUUCUAUUACACAAGAAUAGCUUACUAUGCAUACAAAGGAUACAAGGGUUUCUCUUUCUCUAACAUUCCUCCUGUUUAGAGGUCAGAAAAAUUAGAUAUUAGUACUUUAAAUGAAGUGUUUUUUUGUAUAUACAAGAAGUGGAUAAGUGUAUUAUGAGAAAUGAAAAUGUCACUUUUACUUCGAUCAUUCUGUAUGAUGUUUUGGAGAAUGGUGUGUGUUGCAGUGAUGGUGGUCUAAAUAUUCUUGUUUCGUGCUGUGUAAUCAGUUCAUGUGAAUGUGAAGUUCUAAAUCAGCCCUUUGUGGUGCUGUUGGAAUAUAGAAUUUUGUGUUUUAUUUGCUAUUUGAUUUCAAGUUGGUUGUUUGGAA